AUGGGGUUCAUCUCUGGAUUUUUCAGCGGCUUCGCUCUCACAACCUCCGUCCUGUACCUCUCCAUCCAAGUACACCGGUCCAACCGCCUGGAACAACGCAACCUCAUCCGCGAACAGACGCAGUUACUCAACUGGCUGGCCUCUCCGACAGGCGCAUACGACCGGCGGUUGAUUCCGAUCGAAGUGCGCCAACCCGAAAAGAAGGACCCCGCCGAGCCACCCCGAUACCCCAUGAAAGACCUGCUGAAGCACCGCUGGAAUGAAGAGGUGCAAACACUAGCCCGAAAGGCGGUUGAAACCCGGUGGGAGGAUGUGCGGGAUACCGCCGGUGAAAGUUGGAAAGUCCUUAUGAGACUCGUGAAAAAGGAGUGA